GAGGCCGUGACGCGCUUCCGCGUCCUCGGUUAUUUUGGCCAUCCCGACUCUGAUAGAUGUAAGAAUUCAACUUCAUGCUCUUCAUCAUGCACCAGCUGCUCGUCGUACACCCUGGUGCAGGUGCAGAUAGACCACGGGCGGCAGCACCAGAUUCGGCUGCACUUCGCGUCCAUGGGCCACCCGCUGGUCUCGGACCCGAAGUACAACGCGUCGAAGAUCAGAGAGGACGGCGAGGUAUGCCCGCGCCUCUUCCUGCACGCCUGCUUCCUCAGGUGCGUGAUGCCUCCGUCGGAGGACGCCGAAGAGGAGCCGUACACCAUCGCUUGCAGGUUGCCUCCGGAGCUGAAGCACACGCUGUGCUCGACGCUGACCUGGAGGAAAGAGCUCGCGGGCAAGCUCCUGCCCGAGGCGCACUGCCUCUGCGAGUGCCUGAUGGGCUCCGAGUGCAUGAGCGGCGACGGCAGCCUGGACGACCUCCACGAGUCGCGCCUGGCCGUCCGUCGGCGCGACGACUUCCUGCACCGCUUCGGCUUCAGCGACCGCGAGCGGACCGAGGUUACCAGAAUAUUGUCGCAGCUGCCGACCUCCAAGCAGCGCUGCACGGCUUUGCAACAGUUC